ACACAGUCUAGCACUUGACCUUCGGCUGGCUGAGGAGCCAUUUUACAUUUUGCGGCGAGAAGUCGAGUUCCUCUGUAUACACAUCAAGGGACGUGUCGCGCUCAUUGCUCUUGAUGAUACUUUACAUUUCCUUCCCAUCAUAGAUCACGAAAUUAGGAACAAACUUGCAUGGUUACAUUGCAUCCUGGGCGCGAUAUCCUACAGAAUGGAUAUACGCUAACCCCGUUCGAAACUUUUGCCAAGCAUGCACUGGUUUCACCACCGCCAAUUUUUCUUCGGACUCAGGCACUGGCUGCCGAGCCUUUCUUCGAUUCACGUCUUUCACCAGGUUCAAGUUUCUACUUUUCACGAUUACUACACAAGUUUCUUCUUAAUCCACACAAUCCUUACGAUAUGCGUUACUCUACCGUCAUCGCUCUCUCCCUCGUUGCCACGGCUGGUCCUUCGUUGGCUAUCCCCCUCUCUAACAGUGGAUAUGCUCGCGAACUACUCUCCCGCCAGCCUCAGUCGCAAACUCAAGAAGUUGAUCAGUCUGGCGCGUUGCGCCUAGGUGACUUCCUUCCCCUCAUUGGUCCAAUUGUCGACACCAUCUUCGGAAACCAGCGCCGCGAUUUGAACGAGAUUUCUGCGCGCGAGUUCGUCGACGCCCUUGUAGCCCGUCAGGCUCAAGGCGACGAUGAGUCUGGCGCUGGCCUCUUCGAUUUCAUUCCCAUCUUCGGGCCAAUCAUUGAGAAAUUCUUUGGAGGCGGAGCCCAGCGUCGUGAUCUCAACGAUAUUUAUGUCCGCGAGUUUGUUGACGCACUCGUUGCCCGCCAGGAACAAAGUGACGAGGAAUCCGGUGCCGGCCUCUUCAGUUUUAUCCCUUUGCUAGUGAACACUCUUUUCGGCCGAGAUCUUAACGAAGUCUCUGCUCGUGAGUUCGUCGAUGAACUUGUUGCUCGUCAAGCUCAGGGCGAUGAUGAGUCCGGUGCCGGUCUUUUCGAUUUCAUUCCCAUCUUUGGGCCAAUCAUCGAGAAAUUCCUUGGCGGUGGAGCCCAGCGCCGAGACCUCAACGAAUUGUCUGCCCGUGACUUUGUUGACGCACUCAUCGCCCGCCAGGAACAAGGAGACGAGGAGUCCGGUGCCGGCCUCUUCAGCUUCAUCCCCUUGAUCGUGAACACCCUAUUUGGUCGAGACCUUAACGAAGUCACUGCUCGAGAGUUUGUUGACACUCUUGUUGCCCGUGGAGAUCAGGCCGUUGGUGACGAGUCCGGUGCUCUCCGCUUGGGCGAUUUCCUUCCAUUGUUGGGCCCUAUUGUUGAUACUAUCUUCGGUGGAGGUAACCAACGCCGUGACUUCAGCGACCUCGAAGCUCGCGAGUUCGUUGAAGCCUUGCUCGCUCGUGAAGAGCAAGGUGUUGAUGCAUCUGGUGCUCUCCGCCUGGGUGAUUUCAUUCCCCUCAUAGGCCCCCUUAUCGACCACAUCUUGGGAGGUGGGAAUCAGGCUCAGCGUCGUGAUCUGCACGAAUUUGUUGCGCGGGAAGAGACUGUGGCGCGGAGCCUUAACGAGUUGGAUUAAGAAGUAACGACCAUGACGCUCAUUAUUACUUGUAUACGAGUGCUGUGCACUGGUAAUGAGUUCUCUUCUCUUAAUAGUUAUAGUAGUCGUGUAAUUUGUAGGUACGGUAGUUCGAACUGAAUUGGCUGAGUGCUGCAUAUAAGACACUGGUGUGAAAUCUGAGUGGACUUUCUAAU